AUGUCGUGCCGGGACAUCCACGCCACCAAUGCCUUCUCCUUCAUCAUCGCCUUCAUCUCCGUGGGCGGCAUCGCUGUGGCGGCGCUGAUCCCACAGUGGCGAGUGACACGACUUGUCACCUUCAACAAAAAUGCCAAGAACAUCAGCGUCUAUGACGGCCUGUGGGCCAAGUGUGUGAAACAAGAUGGCUACUCUGGCUGCUACUACUACGACUCAGAGUGGUAUUCUAAAGUGGACCAGUUGGACCUGAGACUGCUCCAGUUCUGCCUGCCGACUGGGCUACUGUUUGGCUCCCUGGCCCUGGUGCUGUGUAUGGCAGGCAUGUCUAAGACCUGCUGCUGCUCUGAUAAGGCUGAGACAGACAUCAAGAGUACCCGCUGUCUGGUCAACAGCGCAGGCUGCCACCUAGUGGCCGGGAUGUUCCUGUUCCUGGGAGGUGCUAUCGCCCUGGCGCCCUCCGUGUGGUUCCUGUUCCGGACCAAAGAGAUGAACAUCAAGUACGACCGCAUCUUCUCAGACGGGUUCGCGGUCUACGUGGCCAUCGGCUGUUCCGGUGGCCUCAUGCUCGCCGCCCUGCUGAUGUUCAUGUGGUACUGCAUGUGUAAGAAGCUACCCUCUCCCUUCUGGCUGCCUCUACCCACACUCCCUAACUCCCUCUCCACCCAGCCCCUCACAGCCAACGGGUACCCCCCCUCACCCAUCUACGGACCCCCUCAGACCUUCCCUCCACAGGGGUAUGUCCCCACUGUGAUGGAUGCCCAGCCCUACGCUCCCUCCCAGGGCUACCCUCAGAGCGUAGCCCCACUGGCCCAGCAGCCCCAGCAGGUCUAUAUGUCCCAGAUGUCAGCCCCAGAUGGGUAUGGGUCAGAGGUGGGGCAGAACCAGGCUUACAGCUAUGCCCCGUCCCAGAGUUAUGCCCCGUCUCAGGUGGGCUACGCCCCCAGCUACGUAGGCCACCGCUACUCCACACGCUCACGCAUGUCUGGCAUAGAGAUAGACAUCCCUGUUCUAACACAAGGCCUCUGAGGGAGGGCUGCUGCAAGAACACUGAGUCCUGGUUCCAUUUAGCUGUCCUGUCUCCUGUAAAGGGUGUGUACUGUCAGUGCAAUAUAAAUGAAGGAUAUGACUGUUGGUCAGUCUGCACUAGAAAUACAACUCUGCGUCACUCAACCAAGCACUGCACGGUUAGACACCGUUUAGUAUGCAGGCUCCACAUCUGGUGAAAGGACACCAGAGAUGCCCCAUAAUGAAGUCUGAAUUCACUGUUACAUUUUGAUUGAAAACAAUAUUUUCUAAUCGCACCUAUUUGUACAUCUCUUCUUAAUGUAAAUCUGCUUGAAACCUCAUAGCAUUUCUACACUGUGUAUAUUGUGUUCACUAAUAUUUCAACUGCUAAGAAAUGAACUAAACUGUACUUUAACCGUGAGGUAAGUUGAUGUAGUGAUGUUAAAGGGAGUGACACUAACUGACUGUGAUGUCUUUGUUGUGCCUGUUGUUUUAAUGUGUGGUGUUCAUAUUGUUGGUCUGAAGAAAUACUACUGCUGGGCAUUGUUCAGAACAUUGCUUAGUUAUUCUGUGUUUGUUGUACUAAUACUGAGAAUACUGUAACAUGUUACUGUUUCUUUUGUUCUGCUAGUUUUAUACACAUGCUGUUUUUGGGCGUUGGAGGUAUAAUAUGCUGUGACAUGGGAAUAUCCAAAUUACUCUCAUGCUAUUUACCCAUCAACAGUACAGCAGUGGCUCUAAGGCCAUGACUUUUUAUAUGUAGACAUAAAUUAGAUCAUUUUGUAUCUAAUUCACAUAUCAUGAUGUCACCGUAUAUCAAUCAAAUGUAUAAAGCCUUUUUUUACAUCAGCAGAUGUCAGAAAGUGCUAUAUCAGGAAGGUAGUUGUUGACGUGUCUCCUUCGUUAAGGUGCCUGGAGAGAUGAUUGAACCAGAACACAUACUGCUCUGUGGCUCUGUCUGCUACUCAGACCAAAGCAACGUCAAAAUGAACAUCUUAUUUUAGGUACACUGCCAUCUGUCGCCUGUUCUUUUUGUCAAACUGUCAGUCUACACUGAGCUGUGUAAGCAAACGUAGAGCUACUCUUGUUUCCGCUUCAUUCAUCCACUACUGGGCUCCCGAGUGGCGCAGCGGUCUAAGGCACUGCAUCUCAGUGCUAGAGGUGUCACUACAGACCCUGGUUUGAUUCCAGGCUGUAGCUUCAUGAUUGGGAGUCCCAUAGGGCGGCGCACAAUUGGCCCAGCAUUGUCCGGGGUAGGCCGUCAUUGUAAAUAAGAGUGUGUUCUUAACUGACUUGCCUAGUUAAAUAAAGGUUAAAUAAACUCA